CGUCCCCUAUCUAGUUGGCACACGCAACGUGUACAAACACUGCCGGUCGCUUUUUUGAGUGCUCCUGGGUCUCAAAUUAGCCGAGUAACCACUUGUGGGCGAUCCUGUUCGUGAGCGCGUUGCCCGGUGCUAGCUAGUUGCGUCGCGGCCUUAGAGCCUGCCACAUAUGCAGAUGCAGCUGUCAGCGCAUCAAGCCGGGUGCCCGGUGCGCCGGGGAGGCCAUGGCAUUAGGCCGUGCUGCACGCGGCCUGCGCGAGUCCCACUCGUGAAGAUGUCUCCAGUGCGGAGAGUGGUUGUUCAUGUGGCGACUGCGACGGCUGAACAGGUCGAGGUAAAAGCUGCGGCCUCGUUCGACUUCAACCAAUACAUGGUUGACCGCGCCAAGCUUGUAAACAAGGCUCUUGACGAGGCUGUACCUCAGAAAUACCCGGAUACCCUCUAUGAGAGCAUGCGGUACUCGCUGCUUGCUGGCGGGAAGCGCGUGCGGCCUGCGCUUUGUUUGGCAGCGUGCGAGCUGGUUGGAGGCGAUCUGCACUCCGCGCUGCCCGCCGCCUGCGCCAUGGAGAUGGUGCACACCAUGUCGCUCAUCCACGACGACCUGCCCUCCAUGGACAACGACGACUUCCGCCGCGGCCGCCCCACCAACCACAAGGUGUUUGGCGAGGACAUCGCAAUCCUGUCGGGAGAUGCGCUGCUGACGUUCGCGUUCGAGCACAUUGCUCGGGCGACCAAGGGAGCCAGCGCGGACCGAGUGCUGCGGGUGAUUAUGGAGCUGGGUCGCGCUGCGGGCGCCGAGGGCCUGGUUGCUGGCCAGGUGGUUGACAUCCAGUCGGAGGACAAGGAGGUGGGGCUGGAGGUGCUGCGCUACAUCCACAUCCACAAGACGGCGGCGCUGCUGGAGGCGUCGGUGGUGUGCGGCGCCAUCCUGGGCGGCGCGGAGGAGGGGGUGAUUGAGAAGCUGCGCAAGUACUCCAUCAACAUUGGGCUGGCAUUCCAGGUUAUCGACGACAUCCUGGACGUCACCGCCACCACCGAGCAGCUGGGUAAGACCGCCGCCAAGGACCUGGCCGUCAACAAGACAACCUACCCCAAGCUGCUGGGGCUGGAGCGCUCGCGGCAGGUGGCGGAGGACCUCAUUUCCGAGGCGAUUGCGCAGCUGGAGGGAUUUGAAGCGUCGCGAGCGGCACCGCUGGUGGCACUGGCCAAGUACAUUGGGUACCGGCA